AUGAUUACAAUUUCUUUUACCCCGAAUGACACAGGUGACACACCCGCGGGUGACCCAUUGUGGGAUUUCUUUUACCACCUGGGUGCCCCGGGUGACCCACCCGCGGAUGACCCGGGUUGGGAUUUUUGUGACGAGUCGGAACACUAG